AUGUCGGAUAGAUACAGACCACCUACUGGGCCUAAAGGACCCAAGGGCCCCAAGGGACCGCCACCUUCGAACCAGAAAUCAGGAUGGAAGGACCAUAACUCCAAGGGUCCAAAUCCCAAAAGAUUCAAAGAAAGAGAUAACUACAGACCUCAUAUGAUUGAUAGGAGGAGAGGUCCAGAAGAUCGUAAUGAUGGGGAUGAUAGAUACUACAACGAUAGGGAGAGAAACGAUAGGAACGACAGAUACGAUAGAAAUGACCGUAACGAAAGGCCGUCUGGGCCCUCAGCGUUUAGGGACAACAGAGGUCAGAAACGAGGACCUCCUGAUAGAGACUCUAGAAGAGGACCUGAUGAUAGGCCAAACAAGAGAAGGGAUUUUAGUGCUCGUGACUACGACAAUGAACGUCCCGAGAAGGCCAAGCCAGACCUUGAUAGAGCUCCAAAGGCUCCAAGACUGAGUGGGCAUCAAAAUGCUGGCCCUAAUGCUCGUCCUGGUCCUGGCCCUAGAUCCGGCCCGGGCUCUGGUCCUCGUUCCGGGCCUGGUCCCCGUUCUGGUCCACCUUCUGGUCCUGGCUCUGGUCGUUCCGGUCCUGGCUCUGGUCCCGGUGGCCGUUCGGGACCCGGCUCUGGCCAAGGUUCCGGUCCAGGCCCUAAAGAUAAACAAAAACAGCAGCCCAAGAAGCGUAAUAACGCCAAUGCUAACACGAAUAAGAAGCCUCAGCAACGUCUUCAACCUUCUCAGUUGUAUUCUUUGUUCGCUAACAGGUCGAAUGAGCUAUAUAAGAGAGUGCAACAGGUGGGUGAGGGAACUUAUGGUAAGGUCUACAAGGCUAAAAACUCUCUUACAGAGGAAUUUGUUGCAUUGAAGAGAUUACGUUUGGAGAGUGAGCGUGAAGGAUUCCCAAUUACUGCAAUGAGAGAGAUCAAGCUUUUGCAAAGUUUCGAUCAUCCUAACAUUGUUGGUUUGUUGGAGAUGAUGGUUGAACAUAACCAAAUUUUCAUGAUCUUUGAUUAUUUGGACCAUGAUCUUACAGGUUUGCUUACGCACCCAGACCUUAAACUUAGUGAAGGUCAUAGGAAAACGAUUUUCAAGCAACUUAUGGAGGGAAUGAACUAUCUUCAUAAGAGGCGAGUCAUUCACAGAGACAUCAAGGGUUCCAAUAUCUUAGUCGACAGAGAAGGUGUCGUUAAGGUUGCUGACUUUGGUCUUGCAAGAACCAUGAAAGUGCUCAAGGAUGGUGAAAGCCCCGACUACACCAACCGAGUGAUAACGAUAUGGUACAGACCACCAGAACUUCUUCUUGGGUCUGUGGACUACGGUCGUGAAGUGGAUAUCUGGGGUGUCGGCUGUUUGCUUAUCGAGUUGUACACGAAAAUGGCAGUCUUCCAAGGAACUGAGGAAAUUUCUCAGCUUUAUAAGAUCUUUGACAUUAUGGGUACGCCGUCUAUUGAUACCUGGCCCGACAUUGAAAACCUUCCUUGGUUUGAGAUGUUGAAACCUCGCAUCAACAAGAAGCCUAGCUUCGAGAAGGAAUUCAAGCCGGUGAUGUCUGAGCAGAGUUUUGAUCUUGCAAAGAAGAUGUUGUCCUUGGUACCCGCUGAGAGACUCACUGCCGAGGAAUCCCUCCAACACGCUUACUUCACUGAAGACCCGCAACCUGAACCGUUGGAGUUCAUGAAGACGCUUGAAGGAGAAAGAAGAGAAGAACGUAAGAGAGUUGCCGAGAUGAAGAAUGCAAAGGGCAGAGACAUUUCGUUACCACCAACUCAACCAGGAGCACCUAACCUAGCGAAUGAGCAUUCUGGGUUCCAAACGCCGUUAUCAACUGAAGCGGCGAUUCUCGAGGACGUGAAGAAUUCCGAAGGCGAUAAAAGAACGCCCAAAGCGGUGAUGGAUUUGGACGAUAUGCUUCGCCACUCGGAACGCCAGUCUACCGAAGCAGCCGAAGACACCGGAGGUGAAGACAAAGAGAACCAGGUGGAAUCGCAAGAACCAGAGGAGCAGGUUGAUGCAGACGAAGAAGCGAAGCAGGUCUAG